AUGGUAUCUGGCCAGAGUAAAGCUGUUGUAAAGCGCCCGAAAAAGGCGAUGUCGCAUCAAGAGUCGCCAGUGCCAUCUCAGCACCACACUGUCGCAGAUGCCGUCGACCAGGGCCAUCGCCCACGACAUCGGCCCACUCGUGCCCCCAAGAUGACGACGGGCGGAUUAACUAAAGAUGAGGAUGAAAAGCCAGCACAUUUCCUUAACAACGACCUUACACUGUUCUUGUUACCGAGCCUUAUAGCUUUUCGAAUACUAAAUUCGUUGAUUAUAACAACAACUUUCGUGCCCGAUGAGGUGUGGCAAUCGGUAGAGGUGGCACACAAAUGGGUGUACGGAUAUGGAGCCCUCACCUGGGAAUGGAGUCCCGAGGUGGCGAUCCGAUCUCCUCUUUAUCCCUUGCUAUUUGCUGGAAUGUACAAACUUAUGGCAUUUUUCGGCAUAGACUCUCGUCAAGCCAUUAUUCAAGUGCCUCGUCUAUUUCAUGGCUUUCUGGCUGGUGUGACUGACUAUACUGUGUACGAGAUGGCCCUGAAGUUGAGUGGCGAAAAAUCGGCCAGAUGGGUGCUCUUCGCUGAAUUGACUAACUGGUUCACUGCAUACUGCGCACCACGCAGCCUUAGCAACUCACUCGAAUGGGCGCUGCACGCGAUGGCCUUCAGGCACUACCCUUGGCCGUCAGUCCCAGGCACUGGCUCGAGUUCUCCCGCGUUCUUUCUGCUUAGCGUCGGCAUUUGUGUGGUACUUCGUCCAACGGCUGCCGUUCUUUGGGCACCUGUAUGCCUGCACUAUCUCUACCAACAGCUGAGAGUGUCUUCAAGCAAGUUUUGGAAAACACUUCGUCUUGCCAUGAUCAUUGGCAUUCCUUGCCUAACUGUUUCAGUUAUUGUUGACCGAGUAGUCUUUGGCUGCUGGACUGUAAAUCAGCUCAACUUUCUUUGCUUCAAUCUCCUCUCAAACGGAGCUGAUUUCUACGGCGUUCAGCCUUGGCAUUGGUACCUCACAAACAGUCUCCCCUUGACCCUCAUGUGUCAUCUGCCACUUGCGUUGAUCGGCUGGUUGUUUGAUGUAUUACCUCAACUAAGUAGGAUCCAGUGGCUCACAAAAUACCGUGACCCCUCAAAACCUCCUCUUUUGAGAAGAGAAAGGAUCAUCGCAAGACGCAUCGGUGUCUGGAUUGCAUGGAUCGUGCUUGCCUAUAGCUGUCUAGCACACAAGGAAUUUCGUUUCCUUUUCCCUGCGUUCCCCUUGUUCAUGUACUACGCUGGUCGUGGUCUGCUUCACCUAUCCUACACCUUGAACAAGUUGCGGAAACCCGAGUUUGAGUCCCACUCCUUCUGUUCUCCUAUCCGUGUGGUGGUUAGUCUCAUCCUGGUCUCGAAUCUCCUUCUGGCCUCCUAUGUGUGCCUUAUUCACCAACGGGGGCCGGAUCAGUUGAUGUCAGUUUUUGCUAGGCAAGCUGCAGGCGCUAACUGGGCCAACAUGCCUACUCAGCCCAGAAUUCUUGCGCUCAUGCCCUGUCACAGCACGCCUUACUUGAGCUACCUCCACCAGAACGUCAGCCUGCGUCUGCUGUCUUGUGACCCGGAUUUUUCUGACUGGCACAAAGCCGGUUCCCAGCCCUACGUUGACGAGGCCGAUGAGUUCUACAAAGACCCCGUGGGCUGGCUCGGUGCAAAUUACCCCACAAGCCGACAGCCACACUACAUUGCAAUGUUCACAGAGCUCGUGAGUAACCCCGGCUACGGUCAACAGGUUGUGGACUGGCUUCAAGCAAAGUCGUAUUCACUCUGCGCAAAGAUAUUCCACGCCCAUUUCGUCUCUCACUCACGACACGGUACUCACAUUGUUGUGUGGUGUGCGACAAACUGGAACCUCACUCUCACCGCUGGUGCUCCUGCCGGUCUUGUCUAG